UAUGGCAGAGAGGACGGCCGAACGGUCUCUCAUUUUCUGCUUGAAGCGCCGAAGGCCUUGAAGCUGAAGGCUAGUAAUCAAAGAAGCGACUCGGUCUAUCUGCGCUCAAAGCUCGCCGGAAACGAUGGUGUGGCUGCUGUGAGUAAUCGAAGGUUGGUGGGACUGCUGUGAGGAAUCGAAGUAGGUUGGUUUUUUCCUUUACUAAAGAGCAGUGCAAAGCUUAUGAUUUGCUCGAAGAAGGCGGUAAAUGGAAAUGAUCUCUAUCUAGAUAAGGACUUGGAAAAUAUCAUCCAUGCUUGGUCAAAUCAGCUUCCCUUCCCAUUUUCUAUUUAAUGCUUUUGUUUAUACAUCAGAUGAAACAUGUAGACUGGCAAAAGUCAGUGAACUUUUUGUUUAUCAGAACCUCAGCAGGGUCCCAGCUGAGAAUGUGGAGGCAGGAGAUAUUUGUACAGUUUGUGGAAUAAAUGAUAUAAUGAUUGGAGAGACAAUAGCUGAUAAAAGCUCUGGGAAAGCAGUAGUACCCACCAUCAAAGUAGAGGAACCGACAGUAAAAAUGUCUUUCUCCAUCAAUAUUUCUUCCUUUGUUGGUCGGGAGAUUGUACAAGCUACAUUGAACAAGGAUGUUGGUUAUGAUUUUGCUGUUGAUAUUUGGAGCCUGGGUUUUACUAUCAUUGUAUUGUUUACUGGAAAACGUCCUUGGAGUGGACUUGAGGUGGUAAUCCUUCUCGACUAUGAACACAAAAUUUUAAUUUCUAGUGAAGUCGCUUGGUUCAUGCAACUUCAACUGAUGAAUUCUCUACAACUUCAAAUUUUUAAUGAAGUCUACAUAUUGAAAUUCAACUUGCAGAAAUACGCUUAAUAAAUAUCCAUAUUAUUAAUACACUAUUUUUGAAUGUCAUAAUUUAAGAAUAUGGACCUUUUAGUGAACUACAUUCAUGAACCCACGUUGCAAAAGUUUGUUUUAUAAUUUGUUUUAGUUGGAAUUUUAUUUUUGCAUUAUAUAAUGAUAUGCAUAUUCUGCUCGGCAUGACUGUCUUACAGCAAAAAUGCAAAUUAACGAUGAUUUUCUUGAACUAUUUUUUAGACUAGGUGGAAAAGCCUUGUAACUUCGAGAAGAGGAGAAGAGGGAAGGUCCAUAUGGGAUUUUAGAAGAGAGAAAGGGUGAGGGAAUAUAUGCGUGUGAGAGAUAAAUGAGUAGGUUUGUUGAGCAACUAAAGGUUUUCAUUCAAAGCAUAAUGAAAAUACAAUACCAUCGUUUUUAGAUGUGAAGGUAUCUGAAACCAUGCCCAAAAUCCUUGUCUAAUAAGGAAGGACUUAAUAUGUAUUUAUUAUAUAAACUAGAUAUGAAACAUAAAAUGAACAUGCUUAUAUGUAAAAUGGGACAUGACACAUGGUUUUUGUGAUAAUCUUGAUAGAAAAAAUUGAUGGCUUGGAAUGAUUUGCAUUAAAAAGCUUUUAUCUUUAUUUAUAUUCUUUAGAGCCAAUGCCAUGCAAUUUUUUUAGAUCAUUGUAUAAUUUAUCUCAUUAUUUUAUAUAUUGUCCUGAAUUGAAUAACUGGCAUGUUAUCUUGAGAAAACCUGCUUUCUAAAUUAGAGUAGUAUUGGAUUUGCCCUGCUCUACAGAGAAUUUUAUGCUUAAGGUCUAUUAGGUCAUUAGUAGAAGUCACCGACAUUUUUAGCCUAACUGUCACAUGCUUUGCUUGGUUUUGUGCAACUAAUGCUACCAUAGAAAGAUAUGCUAGGGUUUUUAGGGUAUUUUGGGUGUAGUUUUAGUUUUUAAAGGUUUAAUUUAGAGUUGAAUUAAUUGACCUAAGGUAGUCCACUACUAAUCUUAGGCCACUAGGAAAUGUCCUAGGAUCCUUGGGUGGCUUCUAAGUAAAUUUAGGAUCAACUAGACCAUGGGAUUAUUCAUCUUAACCUAAGGGCCUACCUAGGGGUACUUUUAGGUUUGGCUUAAACCUAAUACAAAUGAGUAUGUAAAAAGUUGAUAAGGCUUUCAAUGGACUUGGGAAGGUAUAGCGUUGGCUCCAAAGGGUUUUAGAUUCCUCUUGAGGCAAGUUAGGGUCACCCAAGGACCUUAGGGUUUCAAAGUUUUCUAUGAUUAUGCGAUACUAAGUCCUUAGGAUUCCACUUAUGAGGGUCAUAUGAGGUAGGAAAAUCACCUCUUUGCAAAUUCAGGAAUGAAACCGUGUUCGUUAAUUUCUUUUCAAAUCUUGUAUCAGCGGGAUUGUGAGAGUACCUGGGUAUGCAAUUUAAGUAUACUUGGUUUUAUGGUUUAGCAACUAAAGAGAUUUUGCAAGCAAGGAGAUCUAUCAGAAUGUAAAAUAGAUAUUAGGAAAUAACUUUGUUGCUCGAGAUCCGUGAUAUGGAUGUAAUAGUAUUUAAUAUUUUUUUCUAUUUAUUUAUUUAUACAAUAUAAAAACUAUUUGAUGUAGGACUACAAUGCAUGCAAUAACUUGAAAAGAACUUGCAUGAUUUAUUGAUUAGAAUAAUAACAAUUAGAACUAUUAGAAAAUAAAAAUGAUAAAAUAAAAUGUAAGAGCGGUCACUUCCGUUUAGGCCAAGUUGCACAUCAAGAGCAUUGAAUCAACAAAAUAACAUAGGAAAUCAACAUAAUGUAAACAUAAUAGCUUUCAACGAAAAUCCCUAAUCUAACAAUAAGAUUAGAAACAAAUGAAGUGCACUCAAUUCACUACGUUUACUAAGCUUGGAAGAAUUAGGAGAACACGAUCGUCAUGACUAAAAUCAAAUCCCAAGGAAGAGGAUUAGACUAAGGAAAUACAGGAAGAGGAAGAUUAGAAGACCUUCAUUAAGGAUCAGAUGUAAUCCUCCACUGAACGAUUCCAAGUUGCUCUUCAAUAGCCUUAACCAUACGUACUCUUCUAUGGUAUAAUUGAUAAAUGGAUUAAAGUCGAAGAAGGUCGAAUGUAGGAUGCAAACAAAUCCUUGCUCGUCGUAGGUGAGUCAGUAAUCAAGUUCCGGAUCGACCAUGCAUUGAACUUGUAGCGUGGAGGUGCGGGAGGACUAGUCUCUUGGUUGCCUUUGUUGUUUACCUUUUGAGAGAGAGGGAGUUCUCUCAAAAUUUAAGCAUGAGGAGGUAAGAGAGGUAGCUGGCCAAGAGGAGGUGGUUUGAGAAACUUAACUUCAGGUUGGAAAAGGAGAAGUAGGUUAAAAGGGAAAUAAUUAAUUAAAAACCUGAAAUAAAUUUUAGAUUUUUAAUGGGGGGGGUUGUGAAUUAGGAAUCAAAUUUGAAUUUAAUUCCUAGAGGAGAGAGGGGUUAAUGUAGAGAGAGAGAGAGGGGAUUGGAGAGAGAGAGAGAGAGGAGAGGCGGGUAGACUGAGGGGGCCGACGGAUUUAUGGGGAUGGGAGAAAUUAAUGAGGUUUUAAUGCUUCCUUAAUUUUGAUGAUUAGAUUUGGAAAGAAAUAAUUCAUUCUAAAAUAAUUUAAAAUCCAAUGAGGAGAGAUUUGAAAACUUUCCCAAAAUAGAUAUUAUAAUUUAGGAAAGAUUUUAAAUUUCAAGUUGGGUGAAUUUGAAUUCAAAAUCUGUUUAAAUUAUGACAAUCAAAAUUAGGAAGUAAAUCCAUGAGUAGGCACGAGGCUAGGACCGAUAGCUUGAAUGGGGCUCGGGUAAGGGAACCGGUGACUAGGUGGAGGCGGUUUAGAGAAUUCGGUGGGGAUGAAGAAGGUGUUUGGUGUUGAUGAAAGUUUGGACAAGGAGAUGGAAAGAAGGUACGGCCGGUGGUGAUAGAGGGAGGAAAGAAAGAGAUAGAAGGUAGAACCAUGAACCUGACUCAUUUAGGUUGGUGGGUGUUGAACAAUUCUCCCUCUCCUAGGGAUCUCACUCCAAUAUCUCUAGCUCUCAUGAGAAUUCAAAUAAGAGAAACAAUUUUCAAUUAAUCAUCCAUUACCUUUAAAAGGAGAACACUAAAGUAAACCCAAUUUUCUUUUUCUUUAAUUUAAGAUUCUUCCUUUCCGUAGGAUUAGAUGUUCUAGUUGUGCAUAAUAUCCUUCGUGGCACCAUACUAGUUUAAUUCAGUUUUCUUUUCAUUUAGGUUAGAUUGUUAGAAUUCUUCCUUUUCUUAAGAUUAGAUGUGCUAGUGGCGGACAAUGCCCUUCUGACACCAUACUAGUUUAAUCUAGUUCUCUUUUUCUUUUAAGUUAGGGUUCUUCAUUUUUAUAAUACAAUAUUUUUUUUCUUUUAGGUUAAGAUUCUUUUUUUCCUUAGGAUUAAACGUGCUAGUGGUGGACAUUUCCAUUCGUGGCACCAUCCUAGUUUAAUCCAAUAUUCGUUUCUCUUAGGUUAGGAUUCUUCCUUUUCAUAGGAUUAGAUGUGCUAGUCGUGUACAACGCCCUCCGUGGAACAAUACUAGAUUAAUCCAGUUUUCUUUUCAUUUAGGUUAGGAUUCUUAUGUCCCUUAGGAUUAGACAUGCUAGUGGUGGAUAAUGCCCUUUUUGGCACCAUCUUAGCUGAAUCCAAUUUUCUUUUUAUUUAAGUUAAGAUUCUUCCUUUCCAUAGGAUUAGAUGUAUUAGGGGGGUGGACCACGCCCUUUAUGAUACCAUCCUGAUGUAAUCAAUUUUUUUUUUCUUUUAGGUUAGUAUUUUUUCUUUCCUUAGGAUUUGAAAUAAUAGUGAUGUACCACAUCCUUCAUGAUAUCAUCUUAGUUUAAUCCUGUUUUAUUUUCCUUUAGGUUAACAUUCUUUCUUCCUUAGAAUUAGUCGUGGUAGGGGUGAAUAACGCCCUUCGUUGCGCCAUCUUAGUUUAAUCAAGUUUUCUUUUCAAUUAGGGUAGCAUUCUUUCUUUCCUUAGGAUUAGACGUGCAUGUGGUGGAUAACACCAUUUGUUGUACCAUUCUAGUAUUAUCAAAUUUUCUUUUCCUCUAGGUUAGAAUUCUUACUUUUCUUUAUGAUUAGAUGAGCUAGAGGUGGAUAACGCACUUCAUGGUACUAUCCCGGUUUAAACCAAUUUUUUUUCCCUUUGUGUUAGGAUUUUUCUUUUCCUUAGGAUUAAAGGUGCUAGUGGGGGAUAAUGCCAUUCGUGGCAUCAUCCUAGUUUUAAUACAGUUAUCUUUUUCUUUUAAGAUUCUUUUUUUUUUCUUCAGGAUUAGACGUGCUAGUGGUGGACAAUGCCCUUUGUGGCACCAUCCUAGUUUAAUCCAAUAUUAUUUUUAUUUAGGUUAGGAUCCUCCUUUUCGUAGGAUUUGACGUGUUAGUCAUGUAUAACACCCUUCGUGGAACCAUACUAGUUUAAUCUAGUUUUCUUUUCAUUUAGGUUAGGAUUCUUCCGUUCCUUAGUAUUAGAAGUGUUAGUAGUGGAUAAUGUCCUUUGUGACACCAACCUAGUUUAAUCCAGUUUUCUUUUCCUUUAGGUUAGGAUUUUCCUUACCUCAGGAUUAUACAUGCUAGUGGUGCCUUUAGCACCAUCAUAGUUUUAAUACAAUUUUCUUUUCUUUUAGGUUAGCAUUCUAUCUUUCCUUAGAAUUAUAUGUGCUAGUGGUGUAUAAUGACAUUUGUGGUACCAUCCUUGUUUAAUCCAGUUUUCCUUUCUUUUAGGUUAACAUUUUAACUUUCGUAAAGUUUAUAUGUUUAAGUCAUGCAUAAUGCCCUUUGUGAUACCGUUCUACUUUAAUCCAAUUUUCUUUUAUGUAGAUUAGGACUCUACCUUUUCGUAGGAGUAGACAUUAUAGGGGUGGACAAAACCCUUCAAUAUUCUAUUCAUGUACAAUGUCCUAUGUGGCACCAUACUAAUUUAACUAAGUUUUCUUUUCAUUUAAGUUAGAAUACUUUCUUGCAUUAGGAUUAGAUGUGCUUGUGGUAUAAAAAUGCCCUUUUUUGGCACCGUUUUAAUUUAAUCUAGUUUUUUUUUCUUUUAAGUUGGGAUUCUUCUAUUAUUUAGGAUUAGUUGUGCUAGUGAUGGAUAACGCCCUUCGUGGCAAUAUCCUACUUUAAUCCAAUUUUCUUUUCCAUUAGGUUAGGAUUAUCUUUUUCAUAACAUUAGACAUGCUUGUGGAUGAAACGCCCUUCGAGGCAAUAUCAUAGUUUAAUUUAAUAUUCUUUUCCUUUAGGUUAGAAUUAUUUCUUUCCUUCGAAUUAGACAUGAUGGUUGGGGAUAACGCCCUUCGAGGCAAUAUCAUAGUUUAAUCAAAUUUUAUUUUCCUUUAGUUUAGGGUUUUUCCUUUUCUUUAGGAUUACAUAUGCAUGUGGAUAAUGUCCUUAGUGGCACCAACCUUGUUUUAGUCAAGUUUCCUUUUUCUUUAGGUUAGGGUUCUUCUUUUUCUCAGGAUUAGACGUGUUAGUGGUGGAUAACACCCUUUGUGACACCAUCCAAGUUUAAAAAUAAUAUUCUUUUCCUUUAGGUUUGGAUUAUUCCUUUGCAUAGGAUUAGACGUGUUAGUGGUGGACGAUGCCCUUCGUGACACCAUUCUCGUCUUUUACAGUUUUUCUUUAUUUUAGGUUAGGAUUCUUCAUUUCCUAGGAUUUGACGUGCUAGUGGUUAAUAAUGCCCUUCGUGGCACCAUCCUAGUUUAGUCCAAUUUUCUUUUCCUUUUGAUUAUUAUUUUUCUUUCCAUAUGAUUAGACAUACUAGUGGUGGUAACCUUCUUCUUGACACCAUCCAAACUUUAAUCCAGUUUAAUUUUCCUUUAGGUCAGGAU